CCUAUUAAUCAUUAACUUUUUCAUUUUGCGUAAAACCUAACGCCCGGAAAUUGUAAUAAUAGUUAAUUGACUCGCCAUUAUGCAAAAUUAUUAUCACUUAAAAAGCACAAAGGAGGAUUUGUGUGUCACGUUAUAGCCUUGCCGCCGUAUAUUUCCAGCAGUCAGUGCAUGAAUAUUAUAGUUUGCCACAAGCAAACUCUUAAACGCCUUAUAUUUGCUCUUUGUGAAAUGUAGGUAAUCGUGGUAUACAUGUUAGUAAAGUUAGCUACAGUAUACGGUGUCAGGUUUAGGUUGCUUCAUCCAUCAAUAAGCAAUGUCUGAAACGGCAAACGUUAAUUUGUGUGCAGUGCUUCAUAAACGAAGAGAAGAAAAACCAUGUUGUGACAUUGUGUUGGAGAAGCGGACAAUCAAAGAACCAAAUGAUAACGAGGUUCUAAUCAAAAUAUAUUCUGUUGGAAUUUGUGGAUCUGAUGUUUGUUUCUGGAAAAACGCUGAAAUGAUCGGAUUAAAAUUAGAAACACCAACAAUUUCUGGACACGAGGCUUCUGGAACUGUUGUCAAAUGUGGGAAAGAUGUGAGUCAUCUUAAAGCUGGUGAUCGAGUUGCAAUUGAACCGUGCUUUCCCUUAUGUUCCGACGAAUUUAGUAGAUGUGGUCGUUAUAAUUUGAGUCAAAUAUAUAUGUGCUCUGGCCCUGGAAUGGAUGGUGCAUUGCAGCAGUAUCUAACACACCGAGCGGACGCUUGUUUCAAAUUACCAGAAAACGUUUCAUUCGAGGAAGGGGCUCUUGUGGAGCCAUUAUCCGUAGGAAUUCAUGCUUGUCGUCGUGCGGAAAUUGGUCUUGGGCAUCGUGUACUGAUUUGUGGAGCUGGUCCUAUUGGUCUUGUGUCGUUGAUUGCGGCAAAAGCAAUGGGGGCUUCUGAUGUUAUUAUUACAGAUAAAUUUGACUAUCGUCUGCAAAAAGCUAAAGAACUGGGUGCUAAUUUCACAAUAAAAAUAAAGGAAGGAGAUGAACCGCAAGGUGUCGCCAAAACAAUCAAUGAGUUAUUGGGAGCGAUGCCAGAUCGGUCAAUUCUGUGUACAGGAGCUGAUUCCGCCGUACAGACUGCAAUAUAUGCAACAAAGGCUGGUGGUUGUGUAGUUCUUGUUGGAUUUGGAUCAGGAGACGCACGAAUCCCACUAGUUCAUGCAGCAGUUCGAGAAAUUGAUAUCAAAGGCUCUUUCCUGUAUACGAACACGUGGCCAGCAGCAAUAAAAAUGAUUUCAUCUGGGAAAAUAGACGUAAAACCUUUAAUCACUCAUAGAAUACCGAUAGAAAAAGCCCAAGAAGCAUUUCAAUUAGCAGAUGGCAUGAGCGCCAUCAAGAUCAUAAUAAAAUGUAACCCUGAUGAUCAAAAUAAUUGAUUCAAACUUUUUUGAAAGAACAAAUAAUACUGACUUGCAUUUUGGGGUACGCAUUUUUAUUUUGAUGUAAGACAAGGAUAAACCAUCCCUUUACUAUUCCAUGAAAAUCGGAGUAAAAUUUAUUCAGAUAUAUGAAUUUUAUCAACCAUUUUAUGCUCCAUAUUCGUCAUUGAACAAAAAUUAUCCGCACGGAGUAUCUAA